AUGUCUGCCCAUGACAACGCGGACUCCCAGGCAGUUAAGAUGGAGAAGAAUGGCGACUCGCGCACUUCCUCCCGAUCUCCUCUCCGAUCUCCUCUCCCGAAAAAAGAGUCCCCCGGCUCCCAAUCCGAUGCCUCCGACAUGAAGGAAGAAAAGCUGGAUGAGAUGCACCUCAAGCAGGAGCCCGGUCAACGGCCCAGGCUAUCCCGAAGCUCGUCGCAGAAGGUGUCGCGGCCGCCUCCGCUGUACACUCACCUGCCGGAUAGCACGCAGGAUGCGCUUGCCACGUUUGAACAGAUUAAUGGCUGUGCCUACGCCAACAAGUACAUGGGCUACACUGAGCAUGCGAUGGAAUGUGAUUGCGCUGAGGAGUGGGAGCCCAAGAUUGGCCAGAAUCUAGCAUGUGGCGAAGAUUCGGAUUGUAUCAACCGCGCGACCAAAAUCGAAUGUGUCGGGGACUGCGGCUGCGGCUCGGACUGUCGGAACCAGCGUUUCCAGAAACGACAAUUUGCACAGGUGUCUGUAAUCAAAACCGAAAAGAAGGGAUUCGGCCUACGCGCGGAAACGAAUUUGGAUCCACACCAGUUGAUCUACGAAUAUGUGGGCGAGGUUGUGGGGGAGCAGCAGUUUCGGCGGCGGAUGAGACAAUACGAUGAGGAGGGCAUCAAGCACUUUUACUUUAUGUCCUUGAACAAGGGCGAGUUUGUCGAUGCAACCAAGCGAGGAAACUUGGGACGGUUCUGCAAUCACUCGUGCAACCCCAACUGCUAUGUGGAUAAGUGGGUGGUGGGUGAGAAGUUGCGCAUGGGUAUUUUUGCGGAACGAGCUAUCCAAGCCGGCGAAGAAUUGGUCUUCAACUACAAUGUGGACCGGUACGGUGCUGAUCCCCAGCCCUGCUAUUGUGGAGAGCCCAUGUGCACGGGUUUCAUCGGUGGACGCACCCAGACGGAACGUGCGACCAAGCUGUCCAAUGCCACGAUUGAGGCUCUCGGCAUUGACGAAGCCGAUGGCUGGGAUACGGUGGUCGCCAAGCGCCCCAAGAAGAAGAAGCUCGAGGAAGAUGACGAGGAGUACGUGGACAGCGUGCAGCCCAAGUCGUUGGACGAGGACGGUGUCACCAAGGUCAUGGCAGCUCUUGUGCAGUGUCAGGAGAAGUGGAUUGCAGUCAAGUUGCUUGGUCGUGUACAGCGCUGCGAGGAUGAGCGUGUUCGCAACCGUGUUAUCCGAAUGCACGGAUAUCAGAUUUUGAACUCCCAGCUGGCCAUGUGGAAGGAUGAUCAGAAUGUCGUCUUGCAAAUUAUGAACAUUCUGGAUGGAUUCCCUCGUCUCACUCGGAACAAGAUUCAGGACUCCAAGAUCGAGGCGAACAUCAAGCCUUUGACUACGUGUGAUGAUGAGCGCGUGGCAAAAAAGGCCGUCGCCUUGCUCGAGAGCUGGGCUGGUCUGGAGGUUGCCUACCGCAUUCCGCGCAUGAAGCGUGGCAAGGAUGCCACCAAGGCAAUCAACAACCAGUUUGAACGCCGCGAGUCUGGGCGUGAUCAGCCCAAACGAUCUGUUACUCGUUCUCCUUCUCCCACAUAUGAAGCUCCUCCCCGCGGGCCAGCGCAGCAACGAAGGGACCGAGGUCAACAGCAGAACCAACAUCGGCAGAGAGGAGGCCGACGUGGCCGCCAGCCAUUGCCCGAGGGUUGGUUCGCUGCAGAGGAUCAAGCUGGGCGGGUUUACUAUUACACUGCUGGGAACCAAACCACCUGGGAAAGGCCGACUCUCCCUGCUACUACACCUGCGGGCCGCCUGCCUGUCAAGCAGAAGAACUUGGCGCUGCAGAACAUUAUCGAUGGGAUUGUGAAUGCCCAGGACCGCACACCCUCUGAACAUAAGAGCGCUACGCCGGCUACGCCUCAACCGAGCACUGAGCAACCGGAGAAGAAGAGCAAGGAUGAGGAACGUUGGAAGAAAUACCCACUCGAAAAGCAGAAGAGGAUUUAUGAGAACACACUAUUCCCUCAUAUCAAGCAUGUCGUCGACCACUACAAGCACAAGAUCCCGAAAGAUGAUCUGAAGCGAUUUGCCAAGGAGACCGCCAAGAAGCUUGUUGAGGGUGACUACAAGAAGAACCGUGUCGCAGAUCCAACCAAGAUCAGUGAGAAGCACCAACAAACAGUCAAGAGCUACUGCAAGUCCUUCUUCGACAAGGCAGCCGCCAAGUACAAGCAGCGCGAGAAGCGCAAGACGGAAAAGCCAAAGGGUAGUGCAGAGUCAUCCGAGCCCCCCGAAGCAGACUUGAAGAUGUCCGACGACGAGGCCGACGCUGCGCCUGGGACUUCUCCGUUGGACGAUGCCGCUAGUGCCACCCUCAAGCGCAAGCGCAACGGUCAUGGCGAUGGAGACAGCGCCCAGGACGUGGACAGCUCUCCCUCCAAACGGCAAAAAUCCACACCUCCACCUCCACCCCCGCCGCCUCCUCCGGCUGAAACACCAGAAGAAGAUGGCGAUGGCGAUACCAGCAUGGGGAAUGCAGGCGAUGACCCGUCUCCGCCUCCACCCCCUCCUCCAAAGGACAGUGCAGGCGGCUACGACGGCAAUAUGGAAACAGAAACAGAGGCCGAAAUGCAGAACCAGAACCAGAGCUCACAUCCACAGAGCAUCGAGGGACAGGUCUAA